AAUCACGUUCAGCCCACGGACUGUGAAACUCACUGCCCAACGGAGAUGUGGACAUAGGGACAUUAUAACACUGCUUUCGUUUCCUGAUCGCGUCCAUAAUUCAGUUUGUUCAGAAGAUAUCAGUUUGUUUUUUGCAGCCCCCCUUCACACCGCGGUGAAUGAGCAGAUCAGAGAGCUGAGAAGUCAGAGGAACUGGCAGACAAGGGGAGGGGAGAUGAGCAUGGCUGAAACUGAUGAGGAGAGCAGCAGUCAGCAGCGGAAGAAGCCACCAUGGCAUUAUCUGGAUUUCCCCAACCCACAGGGCCCAACAGAGGAUCUAAACAACUACAUACUGCCUUGGGCACGUAACAGUCUGUAUCUGCGCAGUGCCAGCGUGCCCACAGAAAACAUCCAGCUCAGAUUCCCAGUUGUGGAUCCCUACACAUCUCGAAGACCCUCAGUACUGCGCAAACCUUCCCUUUCACAGACCAUCAGGAGCCCUACAGAGAAGAGGGUACGAUUUGAGCAGAUGAGCACAGUGUUGGUUAAUGGCCAAUGCUCCUCUCGGCUGGAGGCCACCAGGCGCCAGUCGCUACCCCAUAUUGUCCUCAGGGGCACAGCAGACUGGUUUGGGGUCAGUAAAGACAUCGACAGCACCCUGAAAUGGCAGAGGAAGAGCUUACGCCACUGCAACCAGCGUUAUGGCAAGUUAAAGCCACAAGUGCUCCGAGAGAUGGACCUGCCCAGCCAAGACAACAUCUCCAUAACAAGCACAGAAACUCCACCACCUCUUUAUGUCCCUCCAGUGCACCAUGGCAUGCAGAAGAUUGGUGUUGCAUUCAUGAUUGUGGACCCACUGGCUCGGGGCCGAGCCUUUCGGAACAUGGACGAUAUGGAUGCUUUCAAUGGAACGCAAACUCCUGGAGCUGUCUCCCUGUGCUCUCUCACCAGUUCUCGUUCUGGUUUCAACCGGCUUCCACACAGGCGAAAGAGAGAGUCUGUAGCCAAAAUGGGCUUCAGAGCAGCUGCAGCUCUCAUGAAGGGUCGUUCCAUGAAAGAUGGCACUAUGCGACGAGUACACAGACGGAGCUUCGCUGUAAACAGCUUCAUGGAAGAUGACACAGGAGAAUUCCUAGAUGAACUGGACACCUCCUUUUUUACAAGGGAUGGACUGGUACAGGAGGAAUUAUCCACAUAUGCAGACGACGUGUUUGAGUCACCCUCUGAGGCUGCCAUUCGUGAGAAUGAUGCAAACAAAGUGCCCUGUGAGACAGAUUUAACAGGCAGCGCCCUGGGAAAGCCAGAGUUAGAAAGGAGUCACCUAAUGCUGCCACUUGAGAGGGGCUGGAGGAAAGGCAGGGAUAGCUCUCUGGUCCAACCUAAAGUGCGCUUACGCCAGGAAGUCGUGUGCGCGAGCGGCCAGAGACGGGGACAUAGGAUCACGGUGCCUGUUACAAAGCUCUUUACCCGUGAGAAACGUCCUUAUGGCCUUGGCAUAGUGGGAAGGCUGACCAACCGCACAUACCGCAAGCGCAUUGACAGCUAUGUGAAGAGACAAAUAGAAGACAUGAACAACCACAGGCCUUUCUUCACAUAUUGGAUAACAUUUGUUCACUUGCUCAUCACCAUCCUGUCAGUUUCCAUUUAUGGCAUUGCACCUAUUGGCUUCUCUCAACACGAAACUGUAGAUUCUGUUUUAAGAAAUAAAGGCAUUUAUGAGAAUGUCAAGUAUGUGCAGCAAGAGAAUUUCUGGGUUGGACCGAACUCGGUGGCACUGAUACAUUUGGGAGCCAAAUUUUCACCAUGUAUGCGCCAAGACCAGGAGGUGCAUGACCUGAUCCAGGAGAAGAGAGAGAAAGAGCGCCACUCAGCCUGCUGCGUCCGAAAUGAUCAAUCAGGCUGCUUGCAGACCUCUCAACAAGAGUGUUCAAGUACAUUGGCUGUCUGGGUAAAGUGGCCCCAGCACACAAGUGUUCCAUAUCUAAAUGGCAAAUUACGCAAGUACGGCUCAGUUUGUCACCAAGACCCAAGGACGUGUCUGGAGCCAGCCUCUGUCUCACCUCAUGAGUGGCCUGAUGACAUCACCAAGUGGCCAAUCUGCACCAGGCACAACAGCGGAAACCACACCAACCUGCCACACAUAGACUGUGUGAUCACAGGCCGGCCAUGCUGCAUUGGAACCAAAGGAAGGUGUGAAAUCACAUCCAGAGAAUACUGUGACUUUAUGAAGGGUUAUUUUCACGAAGAGGCUACGCUUUGCUCCCAGGUGCACUGCAUGGAUGAUGUGUGUGGCCUUCUGCCAUUUCUCAACCCAGAGGUCCCAGAUCAGUUCUAUCGCCUGUGGCUGUCUCUCUUCUUGCAUGCUGGGAUUCUGCACUGUCUGGUGUCUGUGUGCUUCCAAAUGACCAUCCUGAGAGAUUUGGAAAAACUAGCAGGGUGGCUUCGAAUAUCCAUCAUCUACAUCCUCAGUGGCAUUACAGGCAACUUGGCCAGUGCCAUAUUUCUUCCUUACAGAGCUGAGGUUGGUCCAGCAGGCUCUCAGUUCGGCAUCCUUGCCUGUCUGUUUGUAGAGCUGUUCCAGAGCUGGCAGAUCCUGGCGCGACCGUGGCGGGCCUUCAUCAAGCUGCUGUGUGUGGUUCUCUUCCUUUUCGGAGUUGGCUUGCUGCCAUGGAUUGAUAACUUCGCCCACAUUUGUGGCUUCAUCUCAGGCUUCUUCCUCUCCUUCGCAUUUUUGCCUUACAUCAGCUUUGGCCGAAUGGACACGUACCGCAAGCGCUGCCAGAUAUUGGUCUCGCUCACAGUCUUUCUGGGAAUCUUCUCAAGCUUUGUGGUGCUCUUCUAUGUGUAUCCAGUCAAGUGUGAAUGGUGCGAGCUGCUUACCUGCAUACCUCUGACGGACAAGUUCUGUGAGAAAUAUGACCUCAAUGCUCACCUCCACUGAGGCCUUAGAGAGUGGAGAAGAAAGACAGAGGAAAAAACAGGGAGACAUGUGAAAUGGUGUCCAAUCCUUUAGCUCUAACAGACAUUAUUUGCUGUAUUAUAGUCUUUAUCAAUGUGUAUUUUUACAUGCACUCAAUGAAGGUAUUAAUUUCAUGGGAUCAGUGAAAGGUCCUCUCAGAGGAAGAGAGAUAAUCUAAAUGCCUCUAGUGCCUUGUUGAUCAAUACCAACUGCUGCCAUCUCUGUGUUCCAAUAAGUCUGAGCACUUUUGUUCUUAACCUGUAAUAUGUACACUGCUACUUAAGUAGUGCAUGUCUGGUAGUGUUUUAGCUACCUGAUCCCUUGUAAUACACAGUCCAAUUAGAGUAAACUUAAUACUCUGUGUGUCAUAUUUAUUUUCUGUUGAUCAGAAUAAGUUCAGAAUUCCAUUCGCUUCAACUCUUCCUUCAUUUCAGUGCCUAAUUACCUAAUGUAAUUAUCUAUUACACUGUCCAUCUACAAGGGUUAUUUUCUCUAGUAGAGAGUUUGAAUGUUUGUUAUUGUGCUAAUCGGUAAGCAGUUUUUAAUGCUGUUACCAUACAAGGACGAUGUGUGUGUGUCAGGGGGAGGUAUGUAUUUUGGGAUGGCCAUGUUGUCUGCCACAGGCUGAAGGAUGAGCUCCAGUCUUCAUCGAACGCAUCACAGCAUUAAUAGAGUUCCAAUCGUCACGGCUCACCGUCUCUCUCGUACCUCCUUCGAUAAAAAGCUCCUCUCUAUUGUGUGCUAUGUUAAUUUCAACCCCCACCCUCCCAUUCCCUACUGUAGCACAACACAGCACAACAGAGCCUGUGUUAGUUUAGCCGAAAUGGUAAUUAAGAGGUAGCAAAUGAAUAUGUGUGCGUUGGGCUGCAGGCUGCUGAAGACGCUUGAGUGCUCUUCUGCUGAUGAUUACAGGUCUGCAAACAAUGCCUCUGUGAUGCUGAAGGCUCAAAUCCAUCCUCAGGAACAAGUUACCACAUUUUACAUCAUUUCUUGUCUCACACCCUGUCCCCCUCUCCCUUCUUUCCCGCUACUGCUCAAUCGUCUCCUUCCCUCUUUCCCAGUUAAGGACAAUGGAACAGCUGAGAGAGGCAGCCCGUGCAAUCACCGCUUUUUAGCAGCUCUAUACAUCAAACCCACCCCGGCACUACAGAGGAAAUUAGCCUGUCUAUUCCCCAGCCCCCAUGCUCUCCAUGCUCUGCCCUAUAGAGAUGGUAAUUUUAGGGUAAGAGGUCCAUAUCGCAAAUCAUUGAUCAGCAUCAAAUCAGUGUGUGGCGAGAGCUUCUCAAAUCCCCACCACUUCAGGACGACACAACAGCCAUUUGUUGAUUAGCGGCAGCACUCUGCCGAGGUACAGAUCGUUGUAGGCACGGGGAUGGCCUGUGUCUUUUCUGGCACUGCCCUCAUCUCUGACUCCCAUUCUCCUUUUUCAUCCUUAAUCCAAAAAAUUAGAUUUUUUUCCUCAA